AUGGGGGCCUUCGAGAAUCGCUUGGCUGCCUCAGGGAACAUCACCUUCGUGUACUACUCAACCAUCAUUCAGUCAGUCGCCUCGGUGCUGGUCGUUAACCACACAUUGGCCUGCGCGAUCUUCUACUUAGGCAGGGUGGGACAGCAAAAUGGGAUGGCGAACUGGCUGGAUACCUAUGAGAUCCUAGCCUACACGGAUUCCUUCCAGUACAUGAUGUCAUUCAACUGGGUCCUCGGUCAGUACACACCGGCACCUUUCCCUUAUAGAGCGCAAAACGAGAUCGAGGAGGUCUUGAUCCUCGUCAUCAUUCUCAGUUGCCUGCCAUUGCUGGGUGCACAGAUCGGGAAGAUCACAGGCACCCUGAACUUGAUGAACGAAAAGGCUAAGGAGCGCGACUACGUGAGGAGGGACCUGCGGCGCUGGCUCCACAAGACCAAGGUGCCCAAGCAGCUCAAGGAGCGCAUGUCCAGGUCCCUGGACGAAGUACUCAACUCCGCAGAAUCACCAUUGGAUGUCAAGGAGCCCAUGGCCCUGAAAUUCCUGCCAAGCACUCUGCUGGAAGAGCUCCGAGUCGUAAAGACUGGUGAGACACUUUCCUUGCAUCCGCUCCUCCGGAUGCUCAUGGACGAGAGGCUGCUUCUGGCUGGCCGUUUGGUCUCGGCAUUCCGAACCCAGGUGGAAGUAGCAGGCGAGCGCGUUUUCGCGGCCGGAAACCGCGCAGAAGGACUGCACGUCACCAUGUCGGGCAGCUUCUCGCUAGUUCUCCAGGAGGAGGCAAGCAUCGUGCAGUCAGAAGCCGGCCUAAGAUCCAAGUCCCUGUCCCCGGAGUCCCACAACCUGGAUGUGCCCCAUGGGACCUGGUUGGGAGAGCUCUGCCUCUACACGGAGAUGAACCAUUCAGCUACUCUCACAUGCCUCACCUAUGCCAAGAGUCUGGGAGUUUCUUGCGGCGAUUUCUUGAAGGCCAUGAGGGAGUCCCCCGCAGCCAUGGUCGCCAUCCAUGAGUGGCGCCGGCCGUGGGAAAUCUUGCCCGAGGCCCAGGUGGAGGAGUGUGAGCUGCUGAAUCCUGGGACAAGUCACAUCCAUCACAUGAAGACCAGCGAGGCUGUGGAUUUCACAGACUUCGUGGAGGGCCUGAUCUCCCGGUCUCUGCCAGUGGAGGAGCUCUGCGCACAGAUCAAGGGAAAGGUGGUCGAGUUGAGGGAUGGCGGCAUCUACGCCCAGCUGCAGCAUCAUGAUGAAGCGAAGCGCGCCAUUCUCUCGGUCCUCAGCAUGCUUUGGCUACUGAAGGGGGACUACGACCAGAUCGUCUCCUGUCAAAAGUUGCCAACAAGGCUUUCUCGGAGCACGUGGACAUCCAUCAAGGAGCUCCUUUGCUGGGACAUGACGUCAUCACAGCUGAUGGCCUUAGUGGUACUCCUUUCUGUACGCGGAUUGAGCAAAAGCGCCGACUUCACAAAGCUGUGUCCUCCAAGUGAGCGGCGCAGCCCGGAGCUUGUCCUGGAGUAUGCUGUGAGCAACUUGAAGUCUUACCUGCCAUCUCUGGCGGGGCUUCCGGAGGAGAGUGCGGACUACGUGACAUCCACGGUCCGGAUGCUGGGGCAGUUCAGCUUUCCGCAGUUCCUCCAGGGCGAGAACAAUCCGCAUUCUGUGUGGAUGCUCCAAUCCUGCCUGAAGCAGGAAGAUGAAGUGGUCUUUAAGAUGUUCUUGCUGGCGCAGACCUGCGUGCUGUGCGGGGUCACUGGAGCCGUAUCCCUUCAAGGCUCCCACUUCCUGAAUGAGCUGAAUGGGCGAUCCGUGCUGAAGGCUCUGAGGUGCUUGCAGAACAUCGCAGAUGCGAAGCCGCAGGCUGUAUACUGGAAUUACAUCGCAGCUCGCGCAGAAGCCCUGCAACUGCAGGUGAGGCAGGCUGGGCAUUUGGUGCUAGCAAGAUUGGCCUGCCUUACGCGCACAGUGGACCCAGAGCGCCUCCGGUCGCUGGAAGCGGAGUGGGGGCAGCUGACGGACCGGGAGCGGGACGCGCUGCACGAGAUCUUCCUUCUUGACGGCCACCUGCACAAGGCCUUCAUAUUUCAGUACCUGCCCCUUUUCCUCACAAAUGCCAUUGAGAAUUCCGACCUGGGAUUACGUGGCGGCCUGCAGUUUCUCGUGGAGCUGUAUGGCAAGCUCCUUGACCAUAGGUGCCUCACGGCCACAGGGCCCACCGUCAAGGUAGACAUCUACUCGCUGGCGUCCAUCGUCGCUGAGGUGGAUGGCUUGCGUACUUUGCGAAAGUGCUUGGAGCAUGUCCGUAUCGUCAAGCACGGGAAUGGGGUCACCGCGCUGCUAACCAAGCAGUCUUACCAGGUGCUCUCAGGUCAGCUGGUUGAGCACGACCGCAACGCCGACCUUCUCGAGGUCUUGGCUGCACAGCAGAUGCAGCUUGAGAAACUGGUGCUCCGCGGCCAUGGGGGCCGAAGCAGGGCACGGGAACUAGUCGAAGAGCGCUUCUUCUAA